CUUAACGGCAGCCGUUAAUCUGUUAACCUAAAAAUGUUUUUUAUUUAUUAAUUUUUAUUUUUUUUUGCCUUUUUUUAAUAAAUUAUAUUGAAGUAGGUAUGCCGAAAUAUUAUAGAUUUAGGGCAACGUCCCCGGCCCCUAAACCAAAACGGAGCGAACAAGAUAAGAACAAAGACAAGGAUUUAUCCUUAGCUGUAGUAAAAGAUAAAGAUUUCCAGGAGACUUGGAGGCAAAUGAAGCUCGCGUUUGCGCCGGGGCCCUCUUGGUACCUCCGACGGGUUUCGUGGCGGGAACGUCCUCCGCUGUUGGACACGCGGCGCCACAUAGCGGCGGAGCUCAAAACUUCGUUACAACUUAACUGCCGUGCUAUGUUCCUAUUAAAAAUGUAGUCUUAUUUUCAAGUGAGUAAAGAUGAUUUUUGCUAGACCGAGUACGGCGAACAUGACGUUUUAAGUACGUUUGUCUCGGUUUGUCGUGCCCGGUAUUUAACAAGGACGAGCUUUGCUGUACCUCUAUAGUCUAUAUACUAAACAACUAAAUUCAUCAUCGUUGCAACAUUCGAGGUAGUAUUACCUACCUAGGUAAAUACCACAUUGAAAGGAUGCUACUUGAUCCGCUGUGCCAGAUUUUUUUCCUCGUACAGUCACACAAAGUUGUGGAACGAACUCUCUUCGCCGAUGUUCCCACUAGAUUUUCAACAUUAGGUUAUUCAAAGAGAGGAUCAACAAAUUCUUGAAAAACUGGCGACAAAUCCGCGGUUCCUCUGGUGCAGAAAUGUUCAUGGGCAGCGGUAGCCGGUAAUUACUUAACAUCAGGUGAACCGCUUGCUCUUUUGCUCCCUGUUUAGUAUUUACCUUAUAUAAAAAAAAUAAAAAUAGUUUAUCUUUGUUUAAUAUUGCAACAUGUGAAGUCUGUAUUGGUAAACACUCGGUAUAUUUGCAAGUCCAGACUCGGUCUAGCUUAACUUACUACAAUUACUCAUACUUACUACAAUUAUUUCAAUACAUCAAAAGAAUGUGUUGUCUGGUGAAUCGAAUUUGACAAAAUAUUUUGACAAAAUAUUAGUAAAAUGUUCAGUUUGUUUUGACUCCUUGCAUGUUUAGUACGUUGUAUAAAUUAUUAUUGUUUAAAAGGUGAUUAGAUCUUUCGAAAAAAUCUUCAUCUUGAGUAUUAAAAAGUUGUUGAAAUU